UAUUAACUUCUUGGAUAAGUGCAAUGAGAUAUAGAUGGCACUAGCUGUGCAGGGUUAAGUACUUGCCAAUUUCUGCCAUGCCGAUCUUAAUGGCCAAGAAACACAUCAGUACAUAAAUCUCAGCCCGGCGAGGCCUCUCGAUCUCGAUGCGUGCCCAUCCUCUCCUGAAUCCUGACCGAGACUAAGCAGAAAUGAUGUCUGCCAACGGCGACUCCCCGGCCGGCGCCGCCGUGACGACGCCGAGGUCGCGGCUGCCGCGGUGGACGCGGCACGAGACUUUGGUGCUGAUCCAGGCGAAGCGCGUGACGGAGCAGCGGGCGGCGCAGCCGGUGCGGCUCAAGUGGGCGGUGGUGUCGGCCUACUGCCGGCGGCACGGCGUGGAGCGCGGGCCCAUGCAGUGCCGCAAGCGCUGGGGCAACCUCUCCUGGGACCUCAAGAAGAUCGUCGCCUGGGAGAAGAAGCACGCCGCCGCCCUCGCCGCGGGCGACGCGGACUCGACGGCGCCGGAGCGGGAGUCGUUCUGGGACAUGCGCGGGGAGCAGCGGCGCGCCAGGCAGCUGCCGUCCUCGUUCGACCGGGAGGUCUACGACGCCAUCGUCGGCGCCGGCGCCGCCAACCAGCUGAGGCCGGACUCCGCCGAAGAGAUGGAGCUCGCCGACGACGCCGACGAGCACCCGCCGUCGCCGAUGAUGGUCAUGCCCAUCCAAGCGAGAAUGUACGUGCCGCCGGCCUCCUCCCAGUCCCAACACGAGUGCUCCGAUCCGGCGACGGAGAGCGCCAAGAAGCCGGCGUCGGACAAGAACUCGACGUCGCAGCAGGACAGCGAGGCCACGUUCGGCGCCGGAGUCGGGGCGGAGGACACGGACACGGCGACGGCGACGGCGACGGCGACGCCAACGGCAGAGGCCGGGACAACGAGCAUGGGGAGGCAGGUGACGGAGGCGCUGGAGAGGGGCAACCGUUUGCUGGCGGAGCAGCUGGAGGCGCAGAGGGCGAACUGGGACGCGGACAGGGAGCACCGGAGGGCGCUCCUCGCCGCUGUCAACAAGCUCGCCGACGCCGCCGCCAGGAUCGCCGAGAGGCUCUGACGCCUCGACCGGAUGAAUUCUAUAGUCGUUACCGAUGGAUAGCAGAGAUAGUAGAUGAAGCCGAUUCAGAAUUUGAGAUACUGCUUAGUUAGAUCAAAAUUAAGAAUGCUGCUUUCCCUAUGACCAUCAAAUAUGUCGUAGAUAAUUUUGGCGUGCCAAAUUAGAGUAUGCUACUCGACUAUGGGCGAAUGGUGGAUUGACCGGAUUCAGUUGAUCUUCAUCCCUGAUAUGAUGAUGGAAUAAUGUUUGAUUAA